GUUUUUGUAUUCCCCCCCCCCCCCCCCUUUAUUUUAUAUUUUGUAUAUUUGAAGGAUCAAAUAUUGGUACAGUUUCCUGUGAGAACAUUUACAAUCAUACACAACAUUCUUUGAAUGUGACAUCAUGAUAGCAUAUGCAGUUGUUCAUAAUCUGGAAGAAUGUUUUUUUUUUUUUUAAUCUUUUGGAUAUAAGUGACUCUUUGUCUGGGUAGAGAAGAUUUAUUUUCUUGAGGGGAAAAAAACCCUUUGUUGCUCAAUGCCCUGGAUUUUGUCAAAGGACCUAAACUUCUCUAUAUCAACGUUUUUUGUGAUGGAGAAGUGGAAACAUUCAUGAAGACCCAAGAGUCCAAUUUGGAUUGACCAUUAGCGUCUUCAGUUGACAGUAAAGCUGAGGAAAGGAUGUCAGAUCCUAGUUACUGGUCAGCGUUCCCUGGAUGUAAGGCACACCUGGCUAAGGGUGCUUUGUUGAAGAGGUCCAAAAGCUGUAGGAGCAGCAAUAGGAAGAGUCUGGUUAUUGGGUCUCCUUCACCAACUAUGUCAAGACCUCUCUCCCCACUGUCUGUCCCUACUGCAGGAAGCAGUCCAUUGGAGAGCCCAAGAAAUUUUUCCACCAGUGCAUCCGUGAACUUUCCCUUUGCUCGGAGUUAUGGGACUCGUGCAGACAGAGCUGAUGGUCGUAGAUGGUCACUUGCAUCUCUCCCUUCCUCUGGCUAUGGGACCAAUACUCCAAGUUCUACUCUCUCGUCUUCCUCCUCCUCUCAGGAACGGCUACACCAGCUGCCAUUCCAGCCCACGGCUGAUGAACUACACUUUCUCUCCAAACAUUUCCGGAGCACUGAAAGUGUCACAGAUGAAGAGGGAAGGCGUUCACCAUGUAUGCGUGCUAGAUCCAGAAGCCUCAGCCCUGGUCGUGCAUUGGGAAACUUUGAUAAUGAGAUAAUUAUGAUGAACCAUGUAUACAAGGAGAGAUUUCCCAAGGCCACGGCGCAGAUGGAAGAACGGCUGCAUGACAUCAUCACAAAUUUCUCUCCCAACCGAACAUUGCAGCUGUCUGAUGGUGUCCUGGGCUUCAUUCACCACCAGAUUAUUGAACUAGCCCGAGACUGUUUAGACAAAUCAAAGGAGGCCUUAGUCACCUCUAGCUACUUUGCAGAGCUGCAGGAGAAACUGGAGAAAAUGUUGGAAGAUGCAUACAACCGGUCAGAUAGUGAAGAAGUGACAUUCAUUAUCCAACUAGCACGGAAGUUGCUGAUUAUUAUUGCCCGACCUGCAAGACUUCUGGAGUGUCUGGAAUUUGACCCAGAGCAGUUUUAUCAUCUCCUGGAGGCUGCUGAAGGUCAUGCCAAGGAAGGCCAAGUGAUAAAAACAGAUAUUCCCCGCUACAUCAUCAAUCAACUUGGGCUCACGAAGGACCCUUUAGAGGAGAUAGUUCAGCUAGAUCACUUUGACAGUGAAUCCACACUACAGUUGGAGUAUGAAGACCACCCAGAUGGAAAUGUCUCAAGUACUCCUUAUAAAAAGAAACCUGGCGAGUGUGACUUUGAAACGAUCAAGCUCAUCAGCAAUGGAGCUUAUGGUGCGGUGUACCUUGUCAGACACAAGGAGACCCGGCAGCGUUUUGCCAUGAAGAAGAUCAACAAGCAGAACCUGAUACUGCGUAACCAGAUCCAGCAAGUCUUUGUGGAGAGAGAUAUCCUAACAUUUGCAGAAAAUCCCUUCGUAGUCAGCAUGUUCUGUUCCUUCGAGACACGGCGACACCUCUGUAUGGUGAUGGAAUAUGUGGAAGGAGGAGAUUGUGCCACUCUUCUUAAGAACAUGGGGCCACUGCCUGUUGACAUGACCCGAAUGUACUUUGCUGAAACCGUCCUUGCACUAGAAUACCUUCACAACUAUGGGAUUGUUCACAGAGACCUCAAACCAGACAAUUUGCUUAUCACUUCCUUAGGACAUAUAAAACUUACAGAUUUCGGCUUGUCAAAAAUCGGACUAAUGAACAUGACUACAAACCUGUAUGAAGGCCACAUUGAGAAGGACACAAGGGAAUUUCGGGACAAGCAGGUGUGUGGAACGCCAGAAUACAUAGCACCAGAGGUUAUUCUACGCCAAGGCUAUGGAAAGCCUGUGGACUGGUGGGCAAUGGGCAUCAUUCUCUAUGAAUUCCUUGUGGGCUGUGUGCCAUUUUUUGGAGAUACCACUGAGGAGUUGUUUGGGCAGGUGAUCAGUGAUAUGAUUAUCUGGCCUGGUGGAGAGGAAGCUCUUCCUGCUGAUACUCAGGAUCUCAUUAACCGAUUGCUUUGGCAGAACCCAAUGGAACGUCUUGGGACAGGAGGGGCACACGAGGUAAAGCAGCACCUGUUCUUUCACUCUCUGGACUGGAAUAGCCUCCUGAGGCAGAAAGCAGAAUUUGUUCCACAACUGGAUGCAGAAGAUGACACCAGCUACUUUGACACCCGUUCAGAGCGUUAUCAUCACUUGGCAUCUGAAGAUGAUGAGUCAAAAGAUGAGGAGUCCUCAGUGGAAAUCCGUCAGUUCUCCUCUUGUUCUCACAGAUUCAGCAAGGUAUACUGUAGCUCUGAGCAUCUUGCUACACCCAUCAACCUCAGCUUCUCCUCCACGGAAAGAAGCCACAGCGAUGAUAAAGAGGAAAAAGUGGAGACAUGGGAAAGGACUGCAUAUGGAGAAGAGGAGAAAAGCCGGGCCGCCCAGGAGACCAGAUUGAGGUCCUGGACAUCUUCUAGCUCCUCCUACCACUCCUGGUUGAGUGAAUUUAGAGCGAGUCCUGGUCUUUUGACAAGCACUUGUAGUCUGGAUACCAUGCCCAAGUUCGCCUUUUCAUCUGAAGAUGAAACCUCGGACCACAAAACAGAGAGAACAAGCUUUGGGGAAGUAGAAAAGUCACCUUUCAAGGCCACGUCAUUGUGUGCAGAUAUUAUGAGUCUGAGUAGGACGCGCCUGCGAAGUAACAGUACUGGUGCAAAGAAUUCCACUCCUCAUUCCCUGGAACCAGGUAUUGGGCUCCGUUUGCGUAAAAAAGACAGACCUGAAAAACAGAGUUCUCUCCCAGGAAACAGAGUCCCUAAAUCUGCCUCUGUUUCUGCCUUGUCAUUAAUCAUUACUUCCGAUGACUUUGGCAAUGGGUCAAUGGUGAGUCCUGUUUCACCACGCUCCCUCUCAUCCAACCCAUCCUCACGGGACUCUUCCCCAAGUCGAGAUACAACAGUAGCUGUGACCAGCCUGCGUCCACCUAUAAUUAUCCAUAGCUCUGGGAAAAAGUAUGGAUUCACUUUGCGUGCCAUCCGUGUUUACAUGGGGGAGAGUGAUGUGUAUACUGUUCAUCACAUGGUGUGGAGUGUGGAGGAUGGAGGCCCUGCCCACAAGGCUGGGCUGAAAACUGGAGACCUGAUUACGCACAUAAAUGGAGAGUCUGUGCUUGGGCUUGUGCACAUGGAUGUAGUUGAGCUGUUGUUAAAGAGUGGCAAUAAAGUUUCACUGAGAGCAACUCCCCUAGAAAAUACAUCAAUAAAGAGCGGGCCAGCCAGGAAAAACAGCUGCAAGGGUCGCAUGGCAAAGAGGUCAAAAAAGAACCGGAAACGGGAGAAUCAAGACAGGAAGCGAUCACUGUUCAAGAAGAUCUCCUCCAAGCAGUCAGCUGCACUUCACACCAGCAAAAGUUUUUCUUCUGGUCUUCACCAAUCCUUGUCUUCCAGCGAGAGCCUUCCAGCAUCUCCCACUCAUUGUCUGUCUCCUGGUCCAGCUACUUCAAGUUGGAGCCCAGAGCAAGAUCUUCCAGUUGAUGCAGCUUCCCCACUGAGUACAUCACCUUGUUCCAGCACACCGAGCUCCCCUUCUGGGCAUAUCCGACCUAGCUCCCUUCAGUGUCUGACACCCAAACUCAGUGGUCAGCGUUACAAAGUGGGACGCAGAAAAUCCACAAGCAGCAUCCCUCCAUCCCCGCUGGCAUGCACACCCUCUCCUGUCCCGCAGCAACCAAAUUCCCCUCAGCGUUCACCUUCUCCAUUACUGCCUGGUCAUCCAAGAAGUGGAGUCUUUCAGGGAAAGACUUUGUCACCUCCUGCAAUUGUUCGGCAAGGAGUUCGGCCUCGUAGUUCAGAGGCCCCACGUUCACCUCUACUGCAGCGAGUACAGUCUGUUGAAAAGAUUGCUACCUUUAUGGCUGGUGCUCGCAAGGCAGUCCUCUCAGACACACAGCAUUGUGAUGAGUCUGAGGCCUCUGAUGGUGGACUAGAUAUGACAAGCUACUAUAAGGAUUGUGGCACAGAAAAAUAUGAGCGUGACACAGAAGUUGUAGUAAUGCGUAGACUAAACCUCUCAGAGAGGCGGGACUCCUUCAAAAAGCAAGAAGCUGUGCAAGAAGUAAGUUUUGAUGAACCAGAAGCAGGUGUUGGCGAUCAUGCUAUGGAGGAUAAGAAAGCAAUUCAAGGCUCAGGACUAUGGGGAAGAUUACCAUUCCAGACAUCCUGGGUUCAAGCGCGAUCAGGAUAUCUGAAAAUGGAUUCUCAAAAACAACUGUGCCACCCAGUGCCACAAAUAGCUGUUCAAACAUCAGAAAGUGAAGAGCAGGAAAAGACUGGGCAGUGGGAGUGCCAGGGAUUUUAUCCAUUAGAACAGACCAGGAGAGACAAAACUCCUCUAGCCAGCAACUUGGAAAAUCAAACUGAGAGUCACCCCAUUACCAGACAGAAUGACACGUAAAGCCCAAUCAGUGUAUUGCUCAGAUGGUCAUUUGUAGUCAAAUAAAAAGAGCAGAGUAAGAUGAAAGAAAUGGAAACGAGAUCAGUUUCCACAGAUGAGGAGUUGAUCUGCAACAAAAGCAUAGUCUUAAACUCUGCAACAGGAAAACAUAUGGGAGAAAGAAAGUUUGUACAGUGGUACUUUGCAUUAUAGAGAAUUCUCCUGUGUACUACUGUCUGAAACUGUACUGUGCAUGAGCAGAGGUUUGAAGGAGCACCAAUAUUUUAAUUCCAUGUUUUUACAGUUUUUUGUUUGUCUAUAUUUCAUUGAAACUAAUUUUUAUUUCAGCCAUUUAUGGUAGGGCUAAAUUUCCAUUCAGCUAUUUGUGAGUGCAAGCCAAGCCUUGUGAGAGGGUACAUUUUAGGGUUUUCACGUUCCUCUAGGCCAAAUCUGUUGGACAUUGCAUUUCAACACAAAAUGGGCAUUUCCCUUGUGGAACCAUGUAUGUCUGUAUGUCUCCUCUAUACACACCGCUCUCCCAGCACCUGCAGAGAUUAAUGUGAAGGUAACUGCUGCAGCUUCUAUACCACAGCCUAGGGUGGCAGUCCAGCUUGGUGGUUUGUUCCAUAGGGUGGUCUAAUUUACUCCUUUUUUUUUUUCUACUUUAAAUUCCUGUAAUUUAUCUGGGAGUAGUAACUAGAGGAGUGCACUGCCACUUCUUAUUCUUGAUGAUGGUUUACAAGAGGCCUCACAAUCAAUAUUCUAAUUCUGAUGUCCAACAGCCAGGCUAAUCACAUGAACAUUUGCGAUUUUUAAAAUUUUCUUUUCAUUAUUCUGCCACGUAAAUGAAAGGGUCUGUUGGCAUUGAAGUAGGACAAAGCUGAAGAGAUCCAGACUAGUUGGUUAGAAGAGAAACAUGAUAGUGAAGUGGGGAUGUAAACUGACUUUUGGAAGGUGCAUUAGAUCUUUAAAUAGUAGAAGUGAGACAGUGAUGCAGGUCCUAUAUUGAAGCAUGGGACAGAGGAAUAGGUUAAAAAGCAGAAAUUGGACAAAAAUAAACUAAAAAUGAUAAAAGGGGACAUUUCAAAGAAAUGUGAGUUUUCUAAGAGACAUGAUGAGUGAGUUUGCUUAGAAAAACUAAAAUUGAACACCGGAAAUGAGACAUGAUGAGUGAAGGAAGAUGUAGCCGUAACCGAUAUGAAGUAUCUUGGGAUGCCAUUAAGUAGGGGAUUAGAAGGAGGGCCCAUUAUUUUAUAUUAUCUUACUGCCUGACACAGUUGUACUCUUUGCCAGGACUGUUAAUGAGAAGAAACAGAUAUAACAACCAACUGUGAUACAAAAUACACUUGGCAAUUCUCAAUCACGUAAAGCACACUUGAAGCAAUGAUACAUAUGUGUCACUUAAUUGAGCACCAAUUUGGCCUAAAGCUUUGUCAGAAUGUAAUGAAUUCAUUUUUCGGUGGUGAGUAGACCUGGCUAGAAGCUCAGGACUUGCCUUGUGCCCAUUAUUAAAGGGGUUCUGUUACUUUCUAGGAUUUUUAAUAUGAUGUCGUUGCAUGCAGAGAAUUCAAUUUUAUUUUCUCCUCUUUAUUUGCAAUGUCUUUUAUAUAAAUUUUAAAGAAAAUGCAGCAUCUUAUGGGAAAAAAAAAAAGUUAAAAUAAGUUAUAGGGGAUUUUCAUUGUUUUAUUUAGUGGUGUAAAUUCCAAUGAAGUCACAGUUCCCCUUCAAGUUUAACGACGGUUAGCUGCUUUAAGAUUUGUCUUAAAAGAUGUCCCCUCAAAACUAUUGUUAAUAUACUAAUCAUUUUAUCAUACACCUUCAAUUGGUCAUUUCUUGAAAACCAAUCAUUUGUGACUGUCGGCUUUUAAAGGGACACUCCAUGCACCCAGACCACUUCUGCUCAUUGGAGUGGUCUGGGUGCCAAC